AAACCUCAAAAGUAUGCAGAGCCAGCAUAAAGCCUAAAGCUUAUAACUUCCUCUGGGAUUCUCUCUCUCUCCAUCUCCUCACUCACUGAAACCCAAAACACCAUAAAUACUCAUCCAAAGAUGUUUAGCACAAGCCCUGAUCCUCCCCAGAAGAGUACUCUCCAAAUUAAGCAGGAUGACAAGUUCUUUUCCAGGCUUUUAUCCAAGGAAAACUCCGUGGCCAAUCCUUCUUUCAGGGUCUACUAUGGUGGAGUCCCUGGUGCUGUCCCCUUCAUGUGGGAAUCCCAGCCUGGUACCCCAAAAUAUACAUUCUCCGAUACAUCUCUUCCUCCUCUCACUCCUCCUCCCUCUUAUUACGCCAAGUCCUGCUCUAAAACCAUCAAGAAGCACUCAAGAUCUAGUCUCAUGCACGCAUUGUUUCAGAAGAUGAUCAGUUUGAAGAAAAUCGCUGUCACUUCACCUUCGUCAUCAUCUUUAUCAUCUUCGUUGUUCUCGUUGUCGACUUCGUCUAUGUCGUAUCAGAGGAGGAAUGGAUUUUCAACCCCGGGUUCAUCGUUUGAUUCAGGAGAAGAUGAUGAAGAAGCAGCAGCGAUUGGAUCACCAACUUCAACUCUGUGUUUUGCCAUUGGGAAGGGGAGUAUUGGUAAGCUUCGUGGAUGCUACGGCUGGUGAACGUAAAGCCUUGUUAUCAGAUUUUGACCGCGGAUCUGGCCAAGAUAUAGAUUUUCUGGAUGAGAAUCUCUCUCUCGUUCUUGUUGAUUUACAUUUUAAUCGUAUCUAGGUAUCUUAGUUCUUCUAUGGUGCUUAAACUGCCAAAACGCCCAAACACUGUUGAAUGCUAUGGUAGCAAAUCAUGUAGUUUUGCAGGGAAAAAAAAAAGACAGUUAUGUUUUUCUCAGAUGUAUCUUUCUGUAAUCACCACCUAGCUUCUUCAUCUGUUAAUUCUUUUUUUUCCUC